CUGGCUUCCAUGCCGUCCAUUCUCGACAGCGGCAACCGACUCUCUCUCCCCCACCCCCAUCUCCUCGACGACCCACUCCGCCCCUCCUUCCCCCCUGCUCCCCGCCCCUCUCGUGCCUCCGACCACCCUAUGCCGAUCGACGCCCACUCACACCCACCACACAUCGCUGUUGGUGGGUACAACCUCAUGGUUGCAGGUCAGCGCACGGGCAAGACCUCUUUCCUUCGUCUUCUUCUCGACACCAGCAACAUUUCCUGUGCAGCCACAAAAGACCAGCUUGCUUCCGUCGCCAAGUUCGUUCAGGGCUGCUCUGGCCACACCUCUCAUAUACGCCAUGCAUCCGUCAACGUCGACCUCGAACCCGACAGUUCUUCCUCCCCGCCUCAAACAAUUUCUAUGACUCUUGUAGAUACUCCCUCACUCGACUCGGCCGAUGAGUCCGCCUCGGACAUCACUCUGCAUGAAAUACUCAGGCAUGUCGACUCCCGCUACGCUGAGGGCCUCGACGAUGAGCGGAGGGCCCAGACCGGAGACAGUCACAUCCACCUGUGUAUCUACUUUCUAGACCCGGACACGAUCGUCCCCCCUUCCAUGUCCGCGCCACCGCCACCUCUUGUUAACCGCCCUCGCGCCAGCUCCUUCACCCGCUCAGAGCCCGAGCCUGUCAUCCUCGAGCCUCCUGUUCCUUCUCACCACCCCGUGCUCUCGCGGCCAACUCUCCCGCCACAGGAAGUAAACAUCAUACGCCGCCUCUCCUCCCGUGUCAAUGUCUUGCCGGUUAUUGCAUGCGCCGACACACUCACCAAUGACCGUCUGGCCGCU